GGAGUUAGAGGGUUUGUUUAGUCGUCACACUUAGCAAAUCUCUCUCUCAUUGUCGUUUGUGUGUUUUCACUGGCGGAGAGAAUAGAAGAUAAGCUUCUUCUUCUUCUUCUUCAGCUCAACUUCGAUCUGACAUCGAUGGCUUCUUCGUUGCUCAACGGGGCCAUUACCUUCCCCAAGGGUUUAGGUUCCCCCGGUUCCAAUUUGCAUGCCAGAUCGAUUCCUCGGCCGACUUUACUCUCAGUGACCCGAACCACCACACCUAGACUCUCGGUGGCAACUAGAUGCAGCAGCGUGUCGUCGUCUUCCCGGCCAUCGGCGCAACCUAGGUUCAUUCAGCACAAAAAGGAGGCUUACUGGUUCUACAGGUUCUUAUCCAUCGUAUACGACCAUAUCAUCAAUCCUGGGCAUUGGACCGAGGAUAUGAGGGACGACGCUCUCGAGCCGGCGGAUCUCAGCCAUCCCGACAUGCGCGUGGUCGAUGUCGGCGGCGGCACUGGUUUCACUACUCUGGGCAUAGUCAAGACUGUGAAGGCUAAGAAUGUCACCAUUCUGGACCAGUCGCCACAUCAGCUGGCCAAAGCGAAGCAAAAGGAGCCGUUGAAAGAAUGCAAGAUCGUCGAGGGAGAUGCUGAGGAUCUUCCUUUUCCCACCGAUUAUGCAGACAGAUACGUUUCUGCUGGAAGCAUUGAGUACUGGCCCGACCCGCAGAGGGGAAUAAGGGAAGCCUACAGGGUUCUCAAGAUCGGUGGCAAAGCGUGUCUCAUCGGCCCUGUCUACCCAACCUUCUGGCUCUCUCGCUUCUUUGCUGAUGUAUGGAUGCUCUUCCCCAAGGAGGAAGAGUACAUUGAGUGGUUCAAGAAUGCCGGUUUCAAGGACGUUCAGCUCAAGAGGAUUGGCCCCAAGUGGUACCGUGGUGUUCGCAGGCACGGCCUUAUCAUGGGAUGUUCUGUCACUGGUGUUAAACCUGCCUCCGGUGACUCUCCUCUCCAGGUAACCUCACUUCACCUUUUCUGCUUUCUUCUCUCUUUGAUUAUAUACUAUAGUAUAUGCUCUAUUUAUCAUUCAAAAAAUGCAGCUUGGUCCAAAAGAAGAGGACGUAGAAAAGCCUGUCAACAACCCCUUCUCCUUCUUGGGACGCUUCCUCCUGGGAACUCUAGCAGCUGCCUGGUUUGUCCUAGUCCCGAUCUACAUGUGGAUCAAGGAUCAGAUCGUUCCCAAAGACCAACCCAUCUGAUCCAUCUCUUCUAGGACAUGAUCAUUGUAAACCCCUCUUGUGGUAAAGAAAGAUUCGAGUCCUGUCUAUGAACUAGCGGAAUAUCAUCAACCUGCUUUCUUUACGAUUCUAUUACUUGAUUUCAUGUUGAGAUAUCUAUGCUGCCUAAUCAAUACUGUUUCUGCAAACUUCGAUUCCCAAACUCAAUUUUGCCAGCA